AAAAACGACAAUAUCUUCCACAUAAACGAUCAGAUAAAGUUUUUAAGGUUAAUCUUGUCAUUAGACAUUGUCUUUUUUGCAUGGGGGGUCACUUGAAAUUUAGCUUAUAGUCUCUUUAUAUUCAGUCAUAUUUGAUAACAUUGUAUAAAGAUUGAUGAAGUAUGUCACAGUAAUAAAUAGCUCAAUGCCAGUAACAAUGUAAUUCAUUUGUAAAAUAUUCAUAAGUUAUAUAGUUACUUUAUAUUUUAUAAUCAAUAGCUUUGACUUGUGUCUAUACAGAUUCUAAAGUUUGCAAUAUAACAAUAAAAAAUUGUUGCAUAUUUUUUUAAAACCCACAUAUUUUUUACUUUUCCUCUGUUCCCCCCCCCCCCUCAAGUUUCGCCUGAGUGAAAAUUCUUUUGUGCAUGAUCUCUAAUAAAUGUUAAAAAUCAAAUUUUCUACCUAUAAAGAUAAUUUUGUUUGAAUGGAAUUUAAUUUUAAAGUUUGUUUUUGUUUUGUUAGAAUUUUAAAAAAUGGCCGUUUCAUCUGAAGUAAAGGAAGACUAUUUUCUUUCAACUAUUGGGGCGGUGUUUGAAAAUGAAAAUGAAAAUUCUGAAUCUGACAUAAAUGAUGACCUUUCAACUGUAGAGACAGUAUUUGAGAUACAGGAUUGCGUUGAGUUCCCAAAAAAGAAAAUUGUUUUAAAACAUACACUGAGCAGCUCUGUUGACAUGGUUGGGCUGCAGGUGUGGCGAGGAGCCUUCCUACUCGCAGAUUUUAUUCUUCACCAUCAACAUAUAUUCAAGGAUAAGCUAGUUGUAGAGUUAGCAGGAGGAACGGGGUUCACAGCUAUUGUAGCCGGGCUAGUGGCCAAGCAGGUCAUCUCAACAGAUGUUGACCGAGGAAAUAUUCUUAGUUUACUUAGCUCAAACUUAGAGAAGAACCUACCUGGAGGAAAUGUAGAAUGCCGGGAGUUAGAUUUCUUUUGGGACGCUUUCCCGGAUUCCAUAAGUUCAGAACUCCGAGACAGUGACGUCAUUCUUGCAGCUGAUGUUGUCUAUGACAAGAAUAUAACGCGGCACUUCUUUAAGACAGUUCAAAAUAUUUUAAACUUUGGCGGGAAAACAAUAUUUAUAGCGAUUGAGCGACGCUUGUGGACAGAUAAUCAUGGGAAUUUAGUUGCGCCAAAUUUUGACAUUUUCAAAGAACAUUUAGAGGAAUUGAGUAAUUUGCAAAUAAACGAAUCUGAAUUACUUGUUGAAGAACUGAAAACAGAUUUCCCAAAAUAUUUUGAAUACAACCGCGUCCCUGAACUCACAUUAUGGAAAAUAGUUUUGGCAAAGUUAUGAUUUUUUCAGA